GUUGAGCAACCGGAUGGCAGAAGAACUGCCGACGAUUCCGCGUGUGGCUGGACCGAUGAGCUUUGCGAGUGUGUCGGCCGUGUACCAGGGCCCACAUUUGGCUUCAAUCGGCGGAUUCGCUGCAUGGCGAGUAGCGUUCUUGAGUGCUGCGGGCGACCUGCGCCUCGCCAAGUACUACACGAACCCCAACUAUGAAGACGCGGUCCUGACCGACCUUAUCUCCCCGGCCAAGACCCAUCUCUUGACGAGCCGCGCCGAGUGCGCCGAGCCCGAGGUGCCGAGUGGGUUGAGCGCUCGCAAGUGGGAAAAACACAUGCAACGUCGCCAGGCCCGCGUGCAGGAGCGCGUCGCGCUGGCGUUGACAAAAGAAGCAGCGCACUUGAAGAGUCGCGCUUUGCGCACCGCGCGUCUGUACCUUCUCUCUGCGUUGGCGCCACCGCUGCGCUCGAAAGCCAGCGCUCUCUCAAGCCCAAGCGCGAUCUGGUCGUGGCUCGACACCACGUUUCGCGGUGCACCGAUCCACGCGACUGGCGCGGGACUCUUUCGCCAGCUCCAGUGCGCCAUGCAGAUCAAGCACAUGCGCGGCGAGGACGCUAUGGAGUUCUUUGAGCGCUUUGAAAUCGCCGCCAACGAGUACAUUGUGCCGUAUCUAACCGCGGCCGGCAGUGCCAGCGAUGCGACGCAGUCUUACGCCGACGUGGUGGGCGACCGCUUCCGCGUCGCGCUGCUGGCCAAUGCGCUGCCCCCGCAUUUGCGAGACCAGUUUGAGCAGUGGCAAGCAGGCUUUGCGCACUGGGACUACACUCGCAUCAAGCAGCACGUCGUGAGUCAAAUGGAAGCGGCGCAUCACGCAGCACGCGCUGCCAGUCCGCCGCAGGAGCUAGUGCACGACGGGCUGCCCGUCAAGAAGGAGCCGAGCUGCAGCUUUUGCCAGUCGACGAGACAUUCGGAAGCAACGUGCGUGCAGCCCACCAAGGCCAGCGCUCACGCCACCGAUCAGGUGCCACCUCGCAAGCGCCGCCGACAGGUCGAAGAGCCAGCUCGGAUCAAGACCGAGGGACGCGAGCGGGCGAUCUCCAUUGCCGACUCGUCCGACGCCCAUGUCAAACGACGUUAAACGAUAGGGUAAACGAAUUCGAAUCGCGCACUUCUGCCAAAUGAAACAGCAAUUCGCC